AAAGAACCGACUCAAAAAGCCGAUUCAUUCGCGAACUAAUUCAGGUUUAGCGCUAACUGUUAGGAGGUUUACAAUGUCAGGAAUGGAGGUUCCGGGACCUGAUAAUGACUGGAGGAGUCAAGGAUUCCGACAGAAAGUAAUUACACAAAUAGAAGAUGCCAUGCGCAAAGCUGGAACAGCUCACAACAAAUCCAGCAAUGACAUGGAGAAUCAUGUGUUUAACAAAGCCAAGACUAGAGAGGAGUAUCUGUCCAUGGUUGCCAGGCUGAUCAUUCAUUUCAGAGACAUCCAUAAAAAAGCACAAGGAGGCGCAGAUCAGAUGAACCCUCUACAGAAUCUAACAGUGGUAGGUGGUGCCGGAGGCCCUGGCACUAUUGCCAUGCCCCCUCGUGCACCUGGUGCGCCGAUGGGUGCCAUGGGGUCCAUGAACCCGAUGCCGAUAGGCCAGCACGCCAUGCAGGGCGUUGCAGGAAAUCAGCAGGGUGCUGGAGCGGCGGUGCAGUUGCAGAUGGCGCAGCAACAGCAGUCCAUCCAGUUUCAGCAGUUCCAGCCACAACAGCAAACGGCCAUGCAGCAGAACGCCAUGCAGCAACAGUUUCAGGCCCAGCAGCAGUUAAAACUGCAGCAGCAGCUGCAGCAGCAGCAACAGCAGCAACAGCAGCAACAACAGCAACAGCAGCAGCAGCAGCAUCAUCAAAAUCAGUCAAUGCAACACCAGAACCAGCAACAGCAGCAGGCCCAGGCACAACAGCAGCAGCAACAACAGAACCAGUUGCAUCAGUCCCGACUUCAGCAGCAGCAGCAGAUGGCACAGUUUCAGCAGCUCCAGCAGCAGCAGGCUCAUGCUCAGGCCCAGGCUCAGUCCAUUCAGCAUUUACAACAGCAGCAGCAGCUUCAGCAAGCUCAGGCUCAGCCAGGUCAGAUGCCCCUUCAUUCCCAGCCUCCCCCGCAGAUUCUUGUGCCCCAGUCAUUGGCUGGUCAGAUGCCCUCCGGGCAGCACCAGGCCAUUGGUACCCUCAGCCAGCAGCAGCAGCAGCUAAAGCUUCAGGCUUUCCAGCAGGCUAGAGUUUUGCAACAACAACAACAACAGCAGCAGCAGCAACAACAACAACAACAACAACAACAACAGCAGCAGCAACAGCAGCAACAACAGCAGCAACAGCAGCAGCAACAACAGCAGCAGCAGCAACAACAGCAGCAACAACAACAGCAGCAGCAGCAGCAAGUCCAACAAGCCCAUCAGGCGGUAGCAGCUCAGGCCCAGCUUGUAAACGUUUCUGGCCCGAUGAUGCCCCGUGCUGGGAUACAAAUGCCACCCCGGUUGCCCCGCGCCAUUCCGAACUCUGCCAUACCUCAAAACCCUGCUGCCAUGGGAGGACAGCAAAUGCCACAGGGUCAGCAGAUGUCCUCACCAUCUCCGGUCCAGGUGCAGACACCCCAGCCUUCCAUGCCUCCUCCUCCCCAGCCUCAACCCUCUCCACAACCGCUCUCAUCACAGCCCAACUCUGUCAGCUCUGGUCCAACUCCAUCUCCAGGAGGUUUCCAACCUAGUCCUUCCCCACAGCCUUCACAUAGUCCAGCCACAGCACGUACACCACAGAGUUACCCAUUGCAAGUGCCAUCUCCUGGACCACUCAGCACUCCAGGUAACCCCAGCUCUGUGAUGAGUCCAGCGAGUGCGUCCCAGUCAGAGGACCAGCUGUACAUGGACAAACUCAAACAGCUCUCCAAAUACAUUGAACCACUGCGUAGGAUGAUUAACAAAAUUGACAAAAAUGAAGAAAGGAAGAAGGAUCUGAGCAAGAUGAAAAGUCUGCUAAAUAUUCUCACUGAUCCCAACACCAGAUGCCCCCUUAAAACCCUACAGAAGUGUGAAAUAGCUUUGGAGAAGCUCAAGAAUGACAUGGCAGUGCCUACUCCUCCUCCCCCAACGGUGCCUUCCAAAAAGCAGUACCUGUGCCAGCCACUGCUCGAUGCCGUCUUGGCCAACAUCCGCUCACCGGUUUUCAACCACUCUCUCUAUCGAACGUUUGCACCCGCAAUGACGGCCAUUCACGGACCACCCAUCACAGGGCCCAUCAUUCCGACUCGGAAGAGGAAGUACGAGGAAGACGAUCGGCAGACUAUCCCAAACAUCCUGCAGGGGGAGGUAGCGCGCCUCGACUCCAAAUUCCUUGUCAAUUUGGACCCGUCCUUCUGCAGCAACAACGGGGCAGUGCACCUUAUCUGCAAACUGGAUGAUAAGACCCUUCCGAGUGUUCCUCCUCUCCAGCUGAGCAUUCCAUCAGACUAUCCUGAGCAGAGCCCUCAAUGGGACAGUGAUGAUCAGCAAUAUGAAGCAAACCCAUUUUUGCAGAACGUCUACAGGAACAUGACAUCCAAACUGCUGCAGCUUCCUGACAAGCACUCUGUCACAGCUCUGCUCAACACCUGGGCUCAAAGUGUGAGGCAGGCGUGUCUCUCUGCUGCCUAAUCAUGGCAUUCUCUCACAGCAUAAAACUUAUCGCUUCUGUCUAUGUAUACAAUUUGCACCUACAAAUCUGAUGAAGUAUCACACUUCUUAUGUUAAUCAGUACAGGUUUGUAAAUUACCACUAAAAGCACUGGUGUGCGUAAGUGUGUUUUUAUUUACAUGAAUAAAUAAUGUGUUUGCUAUAUAAAGCAGCUGA